AUUUGCUUUCUGCUCAUCAGGUUCAAAUUACAGAGUCAAUUUGAUUGUUGAUAGCCUACAAUCAAAACAUUUCCACCAUUUAUUAUCAAUUUAGUGUUAAUCUUUCAAGUAUCAAAAUCAUUGUUUAAUCAUUUGACGUUUUUACAUUAGUUUUUAUCUAGUCUUGUGAAGAGGCUGAUCGAUCGUUGGCCAAUUAUAUAACGAUAACUCUUUUCAAUUGCCUUUCUCUGUGACUUGAAAACCAUUUCACGCCACAUUCAGUCUUCAAGUUUUGGUUAUUCUGUUCAUUUUAGCAAUAAUUUGUAAAUCUUUUGAAAAUGCCACUUGAUGAUCUUUUCAUACAAAAACCUGAGGAUUCAAGUAACUGUAGUAAACUAUGUGCUGAAUACAUUGGAGGACCAUGGAUUAAUCUGAAAGACUCGGAAUUUGAAUGUAAAUUAGUACCAGGAGGAUUAUGUAAUCGUGUAUUUGUUUGCACAAAUAAAAAACUGACUGGCAAAGGAACCACCAAAAUGCCUGAAAAAGUAUUGGUUCGUACUUAUGGAAGUGAUUUUGUGGGCAGAAGAGGUGACAUGGUUAACGUUGAUGAUGCAGCUUUACCUUUAAUCCAAGAGAUACUCUGGGAAAAAGGUUUAGGUCCAAAAUUAUUUGGUGUUUUCGAUGGAGGAAGAAUUGAAGAGUUCAUUGAACAUGAUAACAUUGAUCCUAAGAAGCGCCAAGAAAUGGAUUAUCUGAGCGAAAUAAUGAAAAAGAUCGCUUUGGUCCAUUCUCUUGAAAUGCCUAUAUCCAAGAAGCCUUAUGGUGUCUUCAAUUUGGUUAAAAAAUGGUUUCAAGAUGGACGUGAUAAUAAUGAAUUACUGUUCAAACCAGGUUCAGUUGAACCUGAGUUGGAGAAAUAUCGUGAAGAAUUGGCUUCUUUUGAUUGGGCCAAGGAGAUGGAUUGGUUCGAGAAGUGUUUACCUUUAGUAAACUCGCGUCCAGUUUUCAAUCAUAAUGACAUUCAAUAUGCAAACAUAUUUUUACGUCGAGAUGGAAAAACUUUGGAGGAAAAGAUAUUUAUUUUUGAUUAUGAAAACUGUUCAUAUGGUUUCCGAGGUUAUGAUUUAGCCUUUUUCCUUUACGCCAAAUCAGUCGACUUUUUUGCUCCUGAAUUUUGGAAGAAUGUCUUUUGGCCUGAACAAUCAGAUAUAUGCCAUUUACUUGCCGUCUACAUGACGUACCAUUUUAAAAAUUUGCCAACCAUUGAUCCUGAAGUAGACACACUUGAACAUCUGUGCAUGGAAGUCGAUUUCUUUUUGUUACUCGUUCUUCUCUUAAGACUUUGUGUUUGUUACAAAAAAUUAUCUAAUACCUUUCAAGAAGUUCUGCAUUACAGUAACACAGAAAUAGCUCGAUACAAUGAAAGGAAGAAAAUCCUGCUUCAAAAGUACCCUUUUUUGGCUGGAAUAGAAGAUGUCCAGAAUGGAAAAGAUAACUUCGAUAAAUUCAACUCGAUAAUGAAAUGGCUUGCAUAGCGAUUAUGAUUUAAUCACGUAAAGUGUUAAUCAAAUUACGGUCGUCAAUAUUCGUUGUUUUUGAAUUAUAAAAAAGUUGUUUCCAGUUAAAAGUAAAUUAUUUUUGACACUCAAUAAAACUUUUAUUUUCUCGA